AUGGAUACUUACCGUUUAGAAGUAAAGAGUGGAAUAAGACAAUUAAAAUUAAAACUUCUAAACUACGAAGCUAUACUCCAAAAGUUAGCAGAAAUGAGAAGACUUUACCAGAGCUACUUACAUGUAAGGGACUUACCUUCAAGCAGUCCGACCAAAGAUGAAUUUUCUGACAUUGUCCCAAUUUUGUCCGAAAGUCAGCUCAGAUGUUUUGAACUGCUCCCAACAUAUCCAGAAUAUGAACGUUUGCCUGAACUCUUCCGCAAUCUCAAAAAACGUUUUUUGGUUCUCAUGUUCGAAACUUUUAUCGGAAGAGACAACAAACGUUCAGAAGAAGAACAAGAUAUUAUUUUAAACUUGUUGUAUGACUUAACCGUCAUAACAAGCUUUUUGAAGUAA